AUGGCGGACAAACCUCAACCCCACUUCUUAUUCAUCACGUACCCCAUGCAAAGCCAUAUCAACCCCUCGCUCAACCUCGCCAAGCACAUCGCUGCCACCACCGGCACAGCCAUCACCUUCUCCACCACCGUCUUCACCCACCGCCGCAUGUUCUCCUCCACCCCUAACUCGGAUAAAGGCUUCAACGAUGGCCUCAUCACUUACCUCCCCUUCUCCGACGGCUUUGACGAAGAGGGUUACAAACGUGGCUCCAUGGAUGCCAAUGAGUACCGCUCCAUCUUCAGAAUAAAUAGUAAACGCAACGUUUCUAUCCUCGUUAAAGAGCUCACCGCCGGUGACCGUCCAGUGACGUGCAUGAUACACACUAUCUUCUUAAACUGGGUGGUGGAGAUCGCCGGCGAGCAUGGCAUUCCUUCAGUCCUCUAUUGGAUACAAGCUGCCAGCGUGUUCGCGACAGAGCUAUUUGAGUUCUUGGAUGAAGAGCAAGAAGGGAAGAAGCGUGUAGUGUUGAUGAACACCUUCCAUGAAUGGGAAACUGAUGCUUUAGCUUCAGUCAGUGCUGAUAUUGAAACCAUACCUAUUGGACUUUUGCCAAAACAAACCAACUCCAGUUCUAGUUAUCUUUUUAAGGAGGAUGAGAAGAAGUACAUGGAGUGA